UACACUGGAGCAGGGCUACAGUUACGUUACGUUUGUAGAAUAAAAAAACACAGUUUCAAAUUUGACUCCCCCAGUCCCCACAUUGACAUUCGAAUCCGACACUAACCUAAAAUAUGGCAAUGUUAUCCUCAAUAAUUGUGAAGAAUUUACCCGAGAACCCCUUAUGGAAACGCACUUUUACCAUAUCGGCAGCAUUCAGAGCAUCAGAAACGGCCUUAUCUGCUGAGCCAAGGCUCGAAGUUCGCGAAAUAACCAAAGACCGCUCGAAACCCAUCCCCGUUGAGACAAGUAUAAGGUACCUAAAGAGCGCCGCUUACCGGCAAACGUACGGCGACCAGCCUGUGUGGGUCCUGUACCGACGAAACCACAAAGGGGCUAUCCCCCCCAGGAAAACACGGAAAACCUGCAUUCGGGGGGACCAAAUUUCGUGCGGGAACCCCUGUCCCAUCUGCCGGGACGAGUACUUGGUUUUACACGAAAAUAACGUAGAAUUGCUUAAACAGUUCGUCUGUGAACACACUGGUAGUAUUUUGAGUUAUUCCAAAACUGGGUUGUGCCAAAAGAAGCACCAACAGUUGCUAGUGGCGAUUCGAAGGGCUGUGGACAGCGGACUGCUCACCUUUGAUGUGCCGCACCGACACUACAAUUAUUCCGAAUUUUACCCCGAACUGAAGCAAUAA